UCUCACUUACUUUCGCAAAAACGCUCUUUGUACUCUCUUUCCUCGACUCCGCAGCGUAGAUCUGAGGAGUUUGGGAAACCCUAACUGCUCUCACCAACGACCUUACCACUCUCUUCGCCUUCGCUUUUUCUCCGAUCAACCACCUUUCACCAUCCUAAGUCAUGGCAGGAGUUACGCCCGAGGGAUCACAGUUUGAUGCUCGUCAAUUUGAUUCCAAGAUGAAUGAGUUGCUUACAGCUGAAGGACAGGACUUCUUCACAUCUUAUGAUGAGGUUUAUGAUAGUUUUGAUGCUAUGGGCUUGCAAGAGAAUCUCCUGAGAGGCAUUUACGCAUAUGGUUUUGAGAAGCCAUCAGCUAUUCAGCAAAGGGGAAUAGUUCCAUUCUGCAAGGGACUUGAUGUUAUACAACAGGCUCAGUCUGGAACUGGGAAGACAGCAACUUUCUGCUCUGGGAUUCUGCAGCAACUUGAUUAUAGUUUGACAGAUUGCCAAGCCUUGGUAUUAGCACCUACACGUGAGCUUGCUCAGCAGAUUGAGAAGGUUAUGCGGGCUCUUGGAGAUUAUCUUGGUGUGAAGGUGCAUGCUUGCGUUGGAGGUACCAGUGUUCGUGAAGACCAACGCAUUCUGUCAAGCGGUGUUCAUGUUGUUGUUGGUACUCCUGGUCGUGUAUUUGAUAUGCUGCGCCGGCAGUCACUUCGGCCAGAUUACAUCAAGAUGUUUGUAUUGGAUGAGGCUGAUGAAAUGCUUUCCCGUGGUUUCAAAGAUCAGAUCUAUGAUAUAUUCCAGCUGCUGCCAUCUAAGAUUCAAGUGGGAGUUUUCUCUGCUACAAUGCCUCCUGAGGCACUUGAGAUCACAAGGAAGUUUAUGAACAAACCUGUCAGGAUCCUUGUGAAGCGUGAUGAGCUCACCUUGGAGGGCAUAAAGCAGUUUUAUGUCAAUGUUGAGAAAGAGGAAUGGAAGCUGGACACACUCUGUGAUCUUUAUGAAACAUUGGCAAUCACUCAGAGUGUCAUUUUUGUGAACACCAGAAGGAAGGUUGAUUGGCUCACUGACAAGAUGCGAAGCCGAGACCACACAGUCUCGGCAACCCAUGGAGACAUGGACCAGAAUACCAGGGAUAUUAUCAUGCGUGAAUUCCGUUCUGGGUCUUCCCGAGUUUUAAUAACUACAGAUCUUUUGGCUCGUGGUAUUGAUGUCCAGCAAGUGUCUUUAGUUAUAAAUUAUGAUCUCCCAACACAGCCUGAGAACUAUCUCCAUCGUAUUGGUCGUAGUGGGAGGUUUGGUAGGAAAGGUGUUGCCAUUAACUUUGUCACAAAGGAUGACGACAGGAUGUUGUUUGACAUCCAGAAGUUCUAUAAUGUGGUAAUUGAGGAGCUGCCAUCAAAUGUUGCUGAACUCCUCUAAUGAGAUUUUUUGCUUCCAUAAUAUUAGAGUAAAGUUGGUUUCUGAGGUAAGUGUUAUGUAAUGUUUGUUUUCCUUUUGCCCCUUUUGUUGUAUUUCUGCUGUUAAACCUUGUUUAACCUUUUUAAUAGGUGUAGUAAUUUAAUUUAAAUUGUGAGUCGUCUGAAUGUCCAAAGUGAUAAGUACUUGCAACGUGGA